AUGCAGGUAAAAUGUUCACCCCACCUGGACGUUAAACUUUCUGACAUAUGCAUCGGCACAUCUGCAGCUCCAACCUACUUUCCUGCUUACUACUUUAAGAACGAGGACAUUAAGGGAAAUAUAAGAGAAUUUAAUCUUAUUGAUGGUGGUGUUGCUGCCAACAAUCCGGCAUUAGUAGCUAUAAGCCAAGUGACCAAAGAAAUCUUUAACCAAAAUCCUGACUUUUUCCCAAUAAAGCCUAUGGACUACAGUCGGUUUUUGGUGAUCUCAAUCGGAACUGGGUCGGCGAAGAUAGAACAAAAAUACAAUGCUAAACUGGCAGCCAAAUGGGGCAUCUUCAAUUGGCUUAUUAAUGAUGGUUCGACUCCUAUAGUGGAUGUCUUUAAUCAGGCUAGUGCAGACAUGGUUGACUUUCACAUUUCUGUGGUAUUCCAAGCCUUACACUCUGAGGAUCAUUACCUUCGUAUUCAAGAUGACGAACUGGUGGGAAAUGAGUCUUCUGUUGACAUUUCUACAGAAGAGAACAUGAAUAAACUUGAGCAAAUAGGAGAACAGCUUUUGAAGAAACCUGUGGCUAGAGUAAAUUUGAGCACAGGCUUAGCUGAGCCAAUCGAUAAUGGUGGUUGCAGUAACGAGGAAGCUCUCAAAAUGUUUGCAAAAUUACUAUCAUCGGAGAAAAAGCUCAGAGACACAAAAUCACGAAACGCAAAAGUGAAUGUCGUUGCGAGUAUAUGAUAACUCGCUAGCUUUGGCAAUUUCAGGUCGAUCUAUAAAUACGAAAGAGGGAUUACAUUCAGCAUAUAAAUAUAAAUAAACUAAUUAAAUAAAGAAAAUGUAUGUUAUGGCUGUGUAAAUUUAAUUGUUUUAUUUUCUCACCACACCGAUCACAGACAUCUACGUGUAAACCAUGUUUAAACUUCACCAUCUACGGAUAUAUGCAAUA